AUGACCAAAGAUUUGGAUUAUGUCAUAUGCAUCAAGAGUGAGGAUGGAAGAGUUCUAGUAAGAAAUGAGGACAUUAUGAAAAGAUGGGGUAAUUACUUUUGCAACCUACUAAAUGGAGAUACAGUGACUGAUAAGAGGGACUCAGGAGUAGAAGAGAAUAGACAUCAUUCCAACUCAUCUCAGGAACAUUUACUGCAUACUAGAAAAAUUGCGGUUAUAGAGGCCCUACGAAAGAUGAAUGUAGGUAGGACACCAGGACCAGAUGAGAUCCCAAUUGAAGUGUGGAAGAGCCUUGGAGGACAUGGGGUGGCUUGGCUAACCAAACUGUUUAAGAAGAUUUUGAACACUAAGUCUAUGUCGGAUGAGUGGAGGAGAAGUAACAUAGUUCUGAUUUUUAAGAACAAAAGGGAUAUUCAGAACUACAAUAACUAUAGAGGGAGAUCCACGAUUGAGGCUAUUUACUUACUAAGGCAGCUUAUGGAAGUUUUUAGAGCCCAGAAAAAGGACCUCCACUUGGUCUUCAUUGACCUAGAGAAAGCCUAUGAUAGAGUACCGAAGGAGCUCAUUUGGAAUGUCUUAGAGAAGAGAAGCGGUGUGAAUAACUAUGUAGAUAUAAUCAAGGACAUGUAUGAGGGAGUGGUGACGACUGACGAGUGUCAAGAAGAUAGAUGGUAA